CUCCACAAGACCGCCCAGCUUUAUUCAAAAACUUCCUCCUCAAAGUUCCAAAAAGUGCAUUCUCACAAUCUUAUAUAAGAAAAACAGAUUCAGUUCCUUAAUUUGAACCCCACAAUAUGGCAUUGUUUCAAACACUAAUUCCGGCACUAUGCACUUUAUCUUUGCUGUUCCAAAUCCAACCUUCAUAUUCUGCUACCUGCACUUCUCAGAAGUUCGGUAGAAACAGGAUUUUCCAGCACUGUAAUGACUUACCACAGCUGAACUCUCAUAUUCACUGGACAUAUGAUUCCAGUAAUAGUGUUCUUAGUUUAGCAUUUGCAGCCUUUCCUGCUAGACCUGAUGGAUGGAUUGCGUGGGGUAUUAAUCCUAAUGGAACUGGAAUGAUCGGCACACAGGCACUAAUUGCAUUCAAGAAACCUGGCGGUGAUUCCAUGAUAGUCAAGACAUUCCGUUUGAACUCAUAUAAGUCCGUUGAGCAAGCUGAGAUUAUGUACGAUGUCUCCAGAUUAGAGGCUGAAUACCACAGAGGGUUGAUGAUGAUUUUCGCAACCAUAAAUUUGCCAAAUGGAAUGACAACAUUGAAUCAGGUCUGGCAAGUGGGAGCUUCUGUUAUGAAUGGAACAUUUCCUGCAAUUCAUGCUUUUCAGCCAGAGAAUUUAAGUUCCAAGGAUAAGCUUGAUUUGAGGAAGGGCCAAAGCUUAACCAGUACAAGCCAAGAAAAUUCUGGCUUAAGGAGUAAACAAAUCCAUGGAGCCCUCAAUACAGUGAGUUGGGGGAUGCUGUUUCCAAUUGGGAUCAUGAUGGCUCGAUAUCUGAGGACGUUUGCUGAUCCGGCCUGGUUUUACGUUCACAUUUCAUGCCAAAUGUCAUCUUACAUUGUUGGAGUUGCUGGUUGGGCAACUGGAUUAAAGCUAGGAAGCCAAUCCAAGGGAGUUGAAUACACAAUUCAUCGUGAUUUUGGGAUCACCCUCUUUUGUCUUGCAACACUUCAGAUUCUUGCCCUUUUCUUGAGACCUAAAAGGGAUCAUAAGUACCGAUUCUACUGGAACAUCUAUCACCAUGGUGUUGGAUAUGGAGUGCUGGUCCUUGGCAUUAUCAAUGUGUUUAAAGGCCUUGAAAUGUUGGAUCCACCAAAGAAAUGGAAAUUGGCUUACAUCUUCUUUCUUGCUGUAUUGGGAGGAAUUGCAAUCUCCUUGGAGGUGAUCACUUGGAUAGUGAUCUUGAGGAGGAAACCAGGCAAAUCAGGCAUAUCCAUUAAGCUAUAUGAUGGCCAGAAAGAUUCAAAUGGAGGACAGCAGCCACUAACUUCUUAAUUUUGCCUUGGUAUUUAAAAUGCUGCAAAUGCUUACUAUAUUCCUCUACUGUUGAAUUGGUUUCCUAUUGUCAUGUAAUUUGAGGAGUGUAUCUUGUCACUUAUCAUUUUUAUGUAAUUACUAAAUUAUUUAUACAUGGUUAGCCUUCUUCAUGUCUGCAGCUUAUUGAAGCCUUAUUGUGUUUAUUGAUGUAAUUCACAGUAUACAGUCCAAAACCUGCGAUUCUCAUCCGCUUAA